CUACGUGACAUUAGCGGAAUCAAGUAAUCAAUCAAAGUAAUCAAUUGGCAAUUGAUUGGCAAUCAACAUCUUUAUUGUUUCUUGUAUGUCGUAUGACCAUUUAAUUAUAUGAGUUUACCUUAACAAAGAAGAAGAUUUUCUUGAAACUUUAAAUUUAUACGUAAACAUGAAACAACACGCGUGUAUAAGUUUUGUGAUACUUACAUUACUUUUUACUUGUGCAUUGAGUGAAAAUAAAUACAGUCGUUCGGCUAAUGAAAAAAAUACAAGUGGUGUUAAUUUUAGAACAUUGGAAAAACCAUUUCGAAUGAAUAAAUUGAAUUUAGUUUGGAUAAAAGCUCAACAGCGUUUGACAGAACCUAAACUGAAAUCGUUAUACAGUGAUUUGUCAAUUCAAGACAAAGAAGAGAUUACUUUAAAAAGAGUAAGAGGAGAAGGAGGAGAUAAAGAUGGUUUGAAAGAAGCAGAGCUGCGUCGUAAGUUGGCUGCUAUAAUGGAUAAUUAUGGUCUCCGAGAACAUUUUGAAGAUGUAUCCAAACGGCAAAAAGAAAAUCCUUCGUACAAUUCUGCAAUGGAUGGAUACAUAAAUAAAAGUCUUUUUAAAGAUAAGAAACUAAAUAUGCUAUGGGCUAAAGCCGAGGCAUCUGGGUUUACAAGUGAAGAGUUAUCAGCAUUAAGAGAAGAAUUCAUGCAUCAUCAGGAGAAAAUAGACCAGUACCACGAUUUACUAGUAAAUAUGGAUACAGUUGAUAAGUCAGACGUACAUAAAAAUGCUCUUGAUGAUGAAGACAUUGAGAAAUUUAAUGAAAUCAAUUAUGAAAAGGACAAUGGAGAAAAUCUUAGCAAAGAUUUUGUCGAUAAAACUAAUUUGGUCAGAGAAAAACACAGGAGUUUGAGAGAUGGUUACGACAGGUUACAGAGGAUUGCUGCUAGAGGACCGACAAAUAGAGAAUUUAUUGAGCCGAAAGUGCAAGGUCUAUGGCGUGUAGCGGCAGCGGGUAAUUUUACCGUCGAGGAACUUGCCUCGUUGAAGGUUGAAUUGCAGCAUUACGAAGCUCGUCUGCUAAAACUGCGCACUUUACACGCUGAUCAAGUAAGCAACUAUGAAAAACAUCGUAGUAAGAUUGCAGCCGCCGGUGACAAAAUGGACCACUUCGCUGACCAGCAACAGAUGAUAAAGAAACAUACUCGCAAAGUUGAAAAGAUGCACGCAGACCUCGAGAGUAGGAUCAUGGCUCGCCACACUGAGCUAUAAUGCUGUAAACCCUAUCUGUAUAUUUUUUAUGUAAAAAGAUACGUUUUGAAUAGACUUCAGAAAUGUAAAAAUUAUUCUUGUUAGGUGAAUCUGAGAUUUUUAUAGCAAUGUAUUUAAAAUAUUAAUAGGUUAUUUUUACAAUAUUGUUUUAUUAUUCUAUCGAUUCCACAAUAGAAUUAAGAAUCUCUUGUGAUUAUUGUUAUAUUUUUAAUAAAUCUUUUCAUUUCUA